AUAUCAUUACCAUUCGAUUAAUAGUACGUCAUUUCCUAUAUUGAAUUUCUGCUGGGCUCAUUUAUGUUUUUGUCGUUUAUUGAAGACGAACUGCUGUAAUUUGUUUUGUUUUAUCCUCCGUGGAUAAAAGUCAAGUUAAUAUUAGAUUUAUUAGUUUAGUUUCGUCUUCAGAUAACAUUUCUUAUAGCUUGUUAUUUGCCAUCUCAGCUACAGUUUAACACAUUAUUAUUUUUUUUAUACUUUAUUGAUUUUAUUUUUUGUGCGUUCAAACAUGGAAAAUAACGCAGAUAUGUACGUGCCGGCGUUUUAUGCUGGCCGUAGCAUUUUCAUCACCGGUGCCACGGGCUUCUUGGGGAAAGUACUUAUUGAAAAGUUGUUGCGAUCUUGUCCUGACAUUGCAGAGAUAUUUGUAUUAAUACGAGAGAAGAAAGGAUUAAGCGUCCGCGAAAGGCUUAAGAAAAUGUUAGAUAACAAGCUUUUUGAUGUAUUACGGAAUGAACAAUCAUCAAGUUUGAAUAAGAUAAUUCCUAUAACUGGGAACGUAGCUGCUGAAAAUUUGGGAUUGUUACCUGCUGAAGAACAAAUGUUGAUCGAAAGAGUUUCCGUAAUAUUCCAUGUUGCUGCUAGCGUGCGGUUUGAUGAAUCACUAAAAGAUGCAAUUUUCAACAAUACCAGAUCUACGCGCGAUGUCUGCAUUUUAGCUCAACGUAUGAAAAAGAUAGUGGUACUACUUCAUAUUAGUUCAACGUAUACUCAGACUGACAAGCCUAUAGUUGAAGAAACUUUAUAUCCAUCGGUAUUUGAUUGGAGAAAAGUGAUUAAAGUUGCCGAAUCCGUUGAUGAGCAUAUUUUGAGAAUAUUCACAGCAAAGUAUCUGGGAACUAUGCCAAACACAUAUACGUUUAGCAAAAGAUUGGCUGAGCAAGUGAUCAGUGACUAUUCCGACUCAUUACCUUGUGUAAUUUUUAGGCCUUCGAUAGUCAUAGCAACAAUAGAUGAACCGAUAAAAGGUUGGAUUGAUAAUUUUAAUGGACCAGUUGGUCUAUUCAUUGGCGGAGGAAAAGGUAUUUUACGGGUUGUUUUGAGUGAUCCUUGUGCAUCUUGUGAUUUUAUGCCUGUUGAUGUAGCCAUAAAAGCAACAUUACUAGCAGCAUGGAAACGUGGAAUUAAAACCAUCGCGGAGGACAAAACAAUUGAUGUCUAUAACUGUGCAUCAAAUGAUAUAAAGAAAAUAGACCUUCGCAACAUAGUUCAGAUGGCAUUUGAGAUCAGUGAGAAAAUUCCUUUGGAAGGAAUAAUUUGGAAGCCACAAACGAUGAUAACGAAUAAUCGUUUUAAUUAUUUCUGCUGGGUACUUUUGUUACACAUCUUACCAGCACUAUUUUUAGAUGGAAUUUUGAAAUUAUGUGGCUCACGACCAAUGUUGCUCAGACUGCAAAGAAAAGUAUUCGUGACCAACAACGCUUUAUCAUAUUUUUUAUUAAAUGAGUGGACGUUUAAUAACGACAAAUUAAAAUUGUUAUUUGAUGACCUCAGCGCCGAUAAUUCAAGAGACUUCGGAUAUAAUUAUAGAUAUAUUGAUAUAUAUGACUAUUUUAAAAAUGGAUUAAUUGGUGGUAAAAUUUACUUACUCAAUGAAAGUAUGGAUUUAGAAGCAGCAAGAGCCCAUCGUAAAAGGAUGAAUUGGCUUGACACGAUAAUCAAAACGUUAUUCUUUAUGGUUAUCCUAUGGAUGCUUUACUAUAAGAACAUAUUCUCUUAUGUUACGGAAAUAUUAUAUUAUUUAUCGGCUAAUAUCCGAUAAAGCAUAAUGUUAGGAUUGUUUAAGAUAUAUUUUAUAAUUAAGAAAUUUUAUUAAAAAUCUAUUCAGUAAAUUAGAUUUUUUUUGCGAUAAUUCUCUUGCAACAAUUCUCUCUUAUAAUAUUCAAUAUAAUACAAUAUUUAAGAAAA